AUGUAUUACAGAAGUUUUCCUUUGCAAGGGUCGGUUGUAUUUUGUGAAUGUGUGGCGAGUGAUUCGAUGCCUUAAAAUGACGGGCGAUUCAAAUAAAACUGCUGACGCUUCGGGAAGCAACAGCAAAUCAUGGAGCUACGAUUCGCUCUUCAAAAAGCUGGAUUUCCGGAAUUCCGGGAAGAUCAAUAUCGAAGAUAUUCAGAAGGGUUCUCGAAACAUCGGCCUUCCCGUGGAUGAAUCCGAGGCCUCGGUUCUUGUGAACCUGGGUGACAAAGAUGCCUCAGGAGACGUGGACAGGGAAGAGUUUGUGCAAUACAUGACGAAACAUGAGCAACAAUUGAAAAAGGCUUUCGACACCCUGGAUACCAACCACGAUGGCAGAAUUGAUUUGGUGGAAAUUCGAGGUGGAUUCGAAGCAUCCGGCAUGUCGUUGGCUGAAGGCGAAGCGAGUGAUUUGAUGUCCAGGGUGGACAGUGACGGAAGCAACGAUAUAAGCUUUGCUGAGUGGCGGAAGUUCCUGCUUUUCCAUCCCAAGGAUGACAUAAAAUCCAUUUUGGCUUACUGGUCCCAUCGACCGGUCUUGGACAUGGGAGAUGAUCUUGGCAUACCGGAGGACUUCACUGAAAACGAACUGAAGUCCGGUUUGUGGUGGAGGCAUCUGGUUGCUGGAGGUAUCGCAGGUGCCGUCUCGAGGACGUCCACUGCGCCAUUGGAUCGCAUAAAAGUUUUCCUUCAGGUUCAUGGAUUGAAGCGUUUCGGCGGCUUGAAGGGUUGCCUGAGCCACAUGAUUUCCGAAGGAGGGUUUCGGAGCCUGUGGCGAGGCAACGGAGUCAAUAUUUUGAAAAUUGCCCCGGAAUCUGCUUUCAAAUUCAUGGGAUACGAGCAGGUCAAGCGUAUGAUCCGAUCCGGCGACAAUCCCGGGGAAGUUCGAGUUAGCGAGAGGUUCAUCGCCGGCUCUUGCGCCGGUGCCUUCUCGCAGUCUCUGAUAUAUCCGCUUGAGGUACGGAGCUUUUAUUGUUUUUUG